AUGAGGUGGACAAUAAUGUUCCUGUCCGGCUUGUUAUUUACAAGUUCUCAGUAUAUUUAUUUGAAUGAAAAAGACAACAGCAAUAGUAAUGAAAACAAAAUGGAAAAUUUUCAAACAAUUCGGAGCCAGCAGAUAAAGCUUCUGUGUGAAGUAGAUGAACUACGUCAGGAUAAUAAGAAAAUCAAAGAUUUGUUGACAAAUUGUUCGUCCAUAGCAAAAGAAUUGAACGCAUUGAAAACAAAGGAUCAGAAACUUGAACAAGAUAAUAUUAAACUUCAACAAGAACUGGAUGCCAUCUAUAACAGAAUAAUCGAUAAUCAGAACCUCACUCUUGCAAAUAUUCAAAGGCUGAAUGAGUCUAAGAUAUAUUUUCUGAGGAAACAACUCCUCGCUCUCCGGAGAGAAAAUGAAGAACUUAAAUCGGGAAAUUCAAAAAUAAAAGAACGGUUAAGAGUAGACGUUAGCACAUUAUGGAAUGAAACAUUUGCCCUGAAACAGCAGUAUGAUACACUGUCAAAGGAGAAGGAAGCAUUAGAAAGCAAGUUAUAUCAACUUGAAAAGGAGAUAAAGGCCAUGAACACUGAUGAUCGCCUGAAAAUGGUUGAAAACAGAUUUUGGAAUUUUUCCCACUUCGUCGAUAAAGCAUUAGAUGAUAUCCGAAGUGAUCAAAAUGCCACCAAGAUAAAACUGCUGAAUGUUUCUUCUACGAUUCAGUCAGAUUAA